CCGAUUUCAGUUAAAGGUAAAACGACGACGUGUCAGGUGUGGCCGAACACUGCAGAUUUUCCGAACUCUCUCUCGACAAACUCUCGCUCGCGCUUACUUACCGAGGGAUAUCGAUUCAGAAAAGUGAGUCGGAAACUUCUACCGGAGCUCCGCCGUCCCGCCGAAGGGGGAAUUUCCAACCUUCAGAAACGAUGUUCCGAAGGUCGAUUUUGGCAUUGUCGUCUCGUCGAUCAAUUCACCCGAGGCAGAUUACUCCUCCUCGAGUGCCUUCUCUGAGGAAGGGCUUCUCGACGAAACCCCAUCAAAAUGCGCCUCCAAAUACUGGGGCUGCUGGUCAACCGCCUAAACCGAAGAGUACUUUGCCCAGAGUUAUCUUGGGAACCACUGCUGUUGCUGGUGCUGCUUUUUUGGCGUACCAAUCAGGUUAUUUAGAUCAAUAUAUUGGUGAAAAGGAGCAGGCGGGACACGUAGAAGUGAAAGGAACACAUAUUAGGAAGGAAGUGGUACCCAUUGUUGCUGAAGAGCCGGUAAAAACAGCUGGCGAUGUGGCGGCAUUUGCUCAAAAGGUUAAACCGGAGGAUGAUGUUGCUCGUGUUGAAGAUGGUGAGAAGAUUGAAACUCUGACUUCUGGGAUUGAAGAUGAUAAGAAGGUUGAAAAUCUUACAGAUCUUCCUCAACCCGAAUCUGGAAAGAAGAUUGAAGAUCCUGUGGAUCUUGCCCAUGAUAAAUCUGAGCAGAAGGAUGAAACUCAAACUGGGAUUCCUCAUCAUGAAGAUGUAAGCAGUACAAUAAGUGAAAUCCCAUCUCAAGCUGCAGAAGCAGCGAUACCGAUUGCAGAAGAUGAUACUGCAGUUGCUCCUAAAGAAAAACAUGAACCACAAUUCUCUGCAUCAAUUAAUCAUGAAACUGUUCCUAGCAUAAAUCCAGAGCCAACAAUUAGUGGAGAGAGGAAUGAUGAAGUUAAAGUUUCAGUAAUACCGAAAGAGGAUGAUGUAAAGACGGUGAUCUCUGAUCAUCCAUCUGUCGUACAAAAUUCUGAGGCUGAACUAAACAAAGGUGCUGAUGCGUCAAAUCUACUUGACACUUACCAUCUCAAGGAAAAGACUGUAGAAAUGCUGUCAAGUGAGGCUCCAGUGGAAGAGGGUACCGCAGGGGAGCUGAGUGAAGGUUAUGUAACAAAAGAUGGAAAGCUGGUUAUGGAUUUUCUUCAAGCCAUUCAUGCUGCUGAAAAGAGGCAAGCUGAGCUAGAUGCCCAAGUUUUUACUCAAGAAAAAAGAGUAUUGAAGGAGAAGUAUGAAAAGCAAUUGAGAGAUUCAAGGGCAAGAGAACUUAUGCGCGCAGAAGAGGCUGCAAUAUUGGAUAAGGAAAUCAAAAGAGAGAGGGCAAAAGCAGCAGCUGCAGUCAGGUCAGUUGAAGAGAAAAUGGAAGAGAAACUCAAGAUGGAACUUCAGCAAAAGGAAGCUGAAGCAGAAGCCGAGGUAAAAAGGAUCCAGGAAUUGGCAAAAGCAGAAUUGGCUGCAGCAAUUGCAAGUGAGAAGGCUACACAAAUUGAAAAAGUAGUGGAGGCUAAUCUUAAUAUAGAUGCCUUAUGCAUGGCGUUCUUUGCUCGAUCAGAAGAGGCUCGCCAGAUCCACUCUGUUCACAAGCUAGCGCUGGGUGCACUUGCUUUAGAAGACGCACUUUCUCAAGGUCUUCCGAUCCAGAAAGAACUAGAAGAUUUAAGUGCGUAUCUGGAAGGCACUGAUAAGGAUUCGCUGGUUCAACUGGUCCUGUCAACUCUUCCUGAAGAAACACGCCAAUCUGGCACAGACACUGUGUUGCAGUUAAAUCAAAAGUUCAACGCCCUGAAAGGUACGCUCCGGCAUCACAUUCUCAUCCCUCCAGGUGGCGGUGGCAUCUUAGCACACGCUAUGGCCCAGAUAGCAUCUUGGUUGAGGUUGAAGGAAGUGGAUCCAUCUGGAGAUGGGAUCGAAUCCGUAAUCAGUAGGGUUCAAACUCUCUUAUCCGAAGGGAAGCUUGCUGAAGCAGCGGAUGUUCUUCAAGACGGCGUGAGAGGCAGCCAAGCCGAGCAGAUGGCAGGUGAUUGGGUGAGGCGUGCUAAGAACAGAGCCAUCACCGAACAAGCUUUGACCGUGCUUCAAUCCUACGCCACCUGCAUCAGUCUCACUCGAUCGUAAGGUCUGUCCGAAGAUGUGAUCUUGUUUUUGCGAACACACUUAGAUGUUAAGCCAAAAGGCGCUUGGCAACUCACAAAAUUAUGUAGAGUAAUACCAACAAUUACAUGCCCCCUAGAGGAUAGGAUACCCGGCAAUAAAGAUUCUGUGUUGAUGUUUUUCGAGGUGGGGAAAUUUGGCCUCUGAAUUAGAGUCGUAUGAGCCUGUUUUAGUACGGGAAUGGCCUGUAAUGAUCCUACCAUGUAGCACAUGUUAUGAUCUGACUAGAGUUGUUUUGUUUGCUAAUGGAGGUGGUGAAAAUGGUGUUUGUAAAAUCAUAUCGUAUCGUUCAAGUUGUCCAUCUGAGAGUCGGUAUGGUUUUAUCAUGGUCUAUCAUCUUCCUUCUUAAUGUUAAGGUAGUGAAUACAUUCAUUCAAAGGAAAUAAGUAUUAGACAAGAAGUCCACCGAAAUAAAUUAUAGGAACAGAGGGGAACAGCAAAGAUGUGAAACGCCGGCCAGACACACUCAGUUGCCUUUGCCCAAAGAUUGCACAUGAAAAAGAACAUGCUCAAGCUCUGAAUUAUUCUUUCUUUUAUUGUUUUAUCACUAUUAAACUUAAAACACUUUUUUUUUAAUUGAAUGAGAGUUUCAUUUCGGAAAUGAAGAAUCAGUUGGAGGCCAAGGUGCUGAGGGUGGAAAUUUGACAGUUGAUUAAAAAUGGGUAAAAAAAAAAUAGCUGUAGUCGACCGAUUGUCGAGCUAUCGAUGCAAGGGCCGUUUUCGCCACUAAAUGGGCAGUCCUGUUAGUUCUACGAGGAGCAAAGACAAAAUGGAUGAACUGAAAGCUUGACUUUAGGAACCGGACUUCGACCAAAACUGAUUUUAUGUGCUUGUUCCUUGUUAUUGAUGUUAUUUUAGGUACAAAGAAAUGAAAUUCUACGGAAUGGAAAUAGGAAAUUGAUUUCACCUAGUCCAACCUCCCACAAUUAUUAGGUUUGCACUUAUUUCAAUUGUUGCCAAGAGAGAUUUGGGAGGUUGAGACUGAAAUUCUGAGCGGGUGGUUAAGGAAAUUAAUUAAGGGAAAAUGACAUUUUGGAAGGAAGCAAACUAUUAGGGGAAAAAAAAGGAGAUAAAAAUAAAACUAUGUUUAAGAAAUGGCAAUGUUAAUU